AUGGCACAUCAGGUGAGUCUUGUCUUGUAUUGUUGGCUGUGGGUACAUCUCUGCUAUGCUGAUUUGUCUGCUGUAGGGCACGUGUAUCCUUUGGAGUUGAUUUCUGGCCUGCGAACGCUGGAAUGCCCCAUGUCGGUGAUGACAGAUUCAUACAAGGCUGGACAUUUCCUGAUGUAUCCAGAAUGCAAAAGCAUGUCGGCAUACGGAGAGUUUCGUGAGCCUUUUCCAAACAUGGAAGACAAUAGGUUUGUUUUCUACGGCAUGAGGCAUUACAUCGAGAACUUUGUCAAUCGCAAAUGGUGCAAGGCGGAUGUAGAUGCAGCAGAGAUUUUUUACAAGACACACAAGGCUGGCUUCACUCCCUAUCCAUUCCCAAAAGAUCUCUUUUACAAGUUCAUCAACGAGAACGACGGAUACCUCCCGGUCACCAUCGAAGCCCUCCCAGAGGGAACAGUCGCGUACAUUCACACUCCAUGCUUCAUAAUCACGGCAGAAGAGGAGUACAGCAGGCUGUGCACUUAUCUCGAAACGAUCCUGACGAUGAUCUGGUACCCCACAUGCGUUGCAACCCUGUCGAGAUAUACGAGAGACCUCAUCGAAAGAUCUUUCAAGAAGUCUGUCGACGAUGAACUGGUGAGUUCUUCACUAUUUAUGUGGUUGCUGGACAGCCGUCUUCACGAUUUCGGUUUCCGAGGCUGCACAUCCGUCGAGCAAGCUGUUCUCGGAGGAUCAGCCCACCUGCUCAACUUCGAAGGGUCCGACACCAUGUCUGCGUGCUAUCACGUUCAGUUUCAUCUCAACGGGGGCAAGCCGGUGGGAACAAGCAUCCCGGCGACGGAGCACAGUGUUAUGACGGCCUGGGAAUCCGAAGAAGCUGCUAUGUUGAACGAGAUCGAACAUUUCGGCGAUGGGCUCUUUGCCUGCGUGAUGGAUUCCUACGACUACGACAACGCAUUGAACGUAGUGCUUCCGAAAGUUGCUGAGGCGAAGGUGGCCAAGGGUGGAACAAUCGUCCUGAGGCCGGACUCGGGCGACCCUGUUGAGGCUGUCAUGAAGGGUUUGUAUGCCGCUGAGAAAACUUUCGGCUGCACCACGAAUUCCAAAGGCUUCAAGGUUAUCAACUCAGCUGCUGUCAUCCAGGGUGAUGGGAUCAACUACCAGAAUGUCCAGAAGAUUCUUGACGCCGUCCUUGAGGCAAAGUUUUCCGCCAUGAAUGUUGCAUUCGGUAUGGGAGGAGCCCUGCUCCAGAAAGUGAACAGAGACACGAUGUCUUUUGCCACCAAGUUGAGCCACCUCGUGUAUGCCAACGGAGAGGAGCGGGACGUCAUGAAGACUCCCAAGACAUCGUCGGCAAAGACAUCUCUGCCAGGACGCUUGUUCGUCUGCCGCGAGUCUCCUGGAGCCCCUCCGAUGGUCUACCCUCUUGGAGAUCCAGCUUGCAAGGGGAUGGAGCCUGUUCUCAAGGUCGUGUACAACAAGCGCCCGAUUCCAGGGGUCUUCGACGACUUUGAAACCGUUCGAGAGCGGGUAAGGCGAGAGUGGGCAGCGAUCCCUCCCAACGGCAAGCCCAUCGCUCCUCAGCUGCAGACCAAGAUCAACAACAUCCUGAGGUCAAGAGGCCACAAGGUGUAA